AUGAAUGAAAGUGAGGGCGAACAAGAGUGUGGUGUUUCGACGCCAAAGAAAAAACGCGUUGAAAGAGGCGAUUUAAAAGUGAAGAAAAAACAUAGACAACAAAAAUACGGAGUCGAAUGGGAGAGUGAUCCAAAAUUUAGUAAGUGGCUUACUCGUGAUCCUCAAGAUAAUUUCAAAUCACGAUGUAAAAUGGCAGACAAGAAAAAAGAUGGCACUGAGCCAGAAGGCGAAGAAGAAUUUUCUGUUGAAAAGGUGUUAGAUCGACGCGUGAGAAAUGGAAAGGUGGAGUACUAUUUAAAAUGGAAGGGUUAUAGUGAUGAAGACAACACAUGGGAACCUGAAGAAAAUCUCGAUUGUCCUGAUCUUAUACAAGCCUUUGAAGAGGCAAGAAAAAAGAAAGAAGCAGAGGGUAAAGGGAAAAUUGAAAAAGAUGCAAAGAAAAGAAAAUCAAAUGCUGCCACUCCGGAUUUGAAAGGUGCUAAAAAAAGUAAAAGUGAUGAUAAGAAGGCUUCUGGAUUUGACCGUGGGCUUGAACCAGAGAAAAUUAUUGGUGCCACAGAUAGUAGUGGAGAAUUAAUGUUCCUAAUGAAAUGGCAAGGUACGGAUGAAGCAGACUUAGUGCCAGCUAAGCAGGCCAAUCAGCAGAUGAAGCCAAUACUGAGGAUUAGCGAAGGUAUGCAAUUCUGCAAAGAAUAUCUCACACAAAAGAAAAUUCAUUGUAAGAAGCAGACAGUUUUUCACCAUUAUUUUUAUAAGUGCAUUUUUGCACAACAAAAG